GCACAUGAGCCGCCGGCCCUCGAGGUGUAGGCGGCUAAACAUGCCCCGCCCCCUUAUCUUCCCUCUCCUCCCCUCCCCCGCAGGCCCAGGCGCUACCAGACACUAAGCUAUGGGCAGGCGGGUAGGGGAGGGCAAGAAAGCCAGGGCUUCAGAGGGACCGAUUGAUUAGGGGUCUCGCUGACCCUGAGGCGGUUGCGGCGGGAGUUCAGAGACGAAGGAGUCCUCAUGAAUUCCUUUUUGGACCAUGUCCAUGAUCCUUUUUGCCUGUGUGGUACGGGUGAGAGAUGGGUUGCCCCUCUCUGCCUCCACCGAUUUUCACCAUAACCAGGACUUUUUGGAAUGCAGAAAGCGGCUAAAAAUGUUGUCCUUAAUUUUAACACAGUUUCCAGGUCGAGGGACUGCAGAAGGACAUGACCUCAGUAUACAUUUUGAUUCUUCUGGAGUCAUAGCUUGCAUGGGGAUCUGCUCCCGCAGUUAUCCUGUGGCAAUGGCCUUCUGCUUUCUGGAGGCUCUUCGGUGGGAGUUCACAGCUUCCUAUGACAACACCAGCAUAGGCUUGGCUUCCAGACCAUAUGCCUUUCUCAAAUUUGAUAGUGUCAUUCAGAAAGUGAAAUGGCAUUUUAAUUAUGCAAGCGCUUCUCAGCUGAAGAACCACUUGGAAAAGAUUCAGGAAGAGCUGAUGCUUCAGCCUCCACUGAUCCUGAGACUAGAGGAUACAGAAAUGAUGAAUGGACUGAGCAAUAAUCACUUACCGAUGCAGGUUGAAUAUGCUCCAAAUUACCGGAUGAAGCCAGUGACAGCUCUGGGGAUUCUCUCUCUUAUUCUUAACAUCAUGUGUGCUGCUUUGAAUCUUAUUCGAGGAAUUCAUCUAGCAGAGCAUUCCUUUCAGCUUAUUCAGGAUGAUCCUGAGACUAUUGGGAACAUAAUGGCGUUUCUUAUCCCUUUUGUAGCCUGCAUUUUUCAGUGUUACCUGUACCUGGUCUACAGUUCCACAAGGCUGCUGAAGGUGACCAUCAUCCUGGUCUUUAUCUGUCUAUGCAACAUUUAUCUGCAUGGACUAAGGAACCUCUGGCAAAUCCUCUUCCACAUAGGAGUGGCUUUUCUGUCUUCCCAUCAAAUACUGACAAGACAGCUGCGAGACAAGGCGCAGGAAGAUGGCGUCUGAAACCCUGGGACCCUAAGGCUGAGACGUCCUGGAGCUCCUCUGGCCAUCCUGGGUGAGGGCAAGGGCACUUGGCUGGUCUGGCCUCCUCAUUUGCAGAUUGAGUUUUGUGGACAAAAGAACUGAAGGUCCAGCCUUCCUCCUCACCCAUGGAGCAGAAGGGAAGCAGAGAGUACCCGUGUGUCCCGCACAGCCCAUCCAGGUGGAUGCGGAGCAGAAGUAUGGCUCUCCCAUUCCCUGCCACCUUAUUUGUAAAAGCAACAAUGACUUCCAUUUCUAUAGAGCUUCGAAGUUUACAAAGCCCUUUCAGAAACCCAAUUGAGGGGGUACUGCAAGAAUUGUUAUCCUGAUUUACAAAUCAUAGGAUUUUAAAUGGAAAUGGAGUGCCAUCAUGUCCAACUUCUUCAUUUCACAGGAAACUGUGACCUGGAGGUGAAGUGAUUUGUAAAGUCACCCAGCUUGGAAAUGUUGGAGCCUGUUUCUGAACCCAGGCCUUCAGACUCCAAGUCUUGCCUCUUGAGCAGAAACAUAUUUGCAAAAUAUUGUCCAGUAACAAAAAUGGGGCUAUUUUGCACUGGAAUAAUCAAAUCAAGAACUGAAAGAAUGUUUUCGUGGUGUUGCUGUGCUAUGCAAUUAUUUGGUAGAGGUAGAGAUAUUACUUUUGGAGAUUGGGUAUUUGCCUCAGAAGAACUACUUAUUUGUUAUUUAUUCAUAUUAAUUUCUUAAUUCUCUUGAAUUAGCCAAAAUAUGGUGAUUGACAUUUUUAAAAGGACCUGUAGAUAGUUCUUAAAAGUAUUUCCUUUCUAAUAAUCACCAGAAUAAAUUAUGAAAUUGAGUUCUAAUUACAGUCCAAAAAACAUAAGCUAAUUAGAUUUCUGGAAAUAUAAUUUUAAAGUUUCCAGUGCUAAUUAGUAAUAGUAUAUCCCAAAUUUACUUUUAAUAAUCAUCUGACAUGAGGGAAAAUAUGAGCUUUCCUCGUGUUUAGGGCUAUUGAUUUUAAUUUUUUUUUUUAACAUCUUCAUUAAAUGUUGGUGAAAGUUAAGAAGUUUUGGGUAAACUAAUACUUAUUUGCAGCUAUUUGUACUAACAUGCAAGGCUAAUCUGUGACCUACUCAUUUUAAGCACUUUGAGAUGGAUAGGUCUGAAUGAAUGGAAAAGCAUUUAUCAAGCCCUAAUUAAUAUGUCAGACACUGUUCUAAGCAUGAGGGUAUAAUAGUUCAGGUAUUGCUUACUAGACAUGAUCUCUAGUUAGCCAGUAACUGAAUUAGAUUAAUUAUUUUGACUCAGGAGCAUAGUAUAAUGUCAAUUAAGAAGAGAUGCAAUAGAAAAAAAAUGAAGAGAGAUUUUUAAGUUAAAAUCACAUGGGCAUAGUUUAAUUAAUAAAACUUUAUCUGUCUAAAAUCUACUUGUCACAACAAAUCAAAAUGGUCGGAGCCAAUAUAUUUGGUUAUACCAAUGGGGCAGCAUUCUUACUGUUGACCCCACAAUCCAUUGUUGAGCUCUACAGGCUUAGGAAUUUAACAUCAUCUCUUUCCUGUCAUUUCCUCGUUCCCCCCAUUCAUCCAACUUGAUCAGGCAAUAACUCCAAUUAAUCAAACUCACAAGAGAUGAUUGAAUUAUUAACCAGAAUAUAAAUUUGUUAAUUUACCACAGGAAGCUACUAGGUGAUUGAAGUGAUUAGUAGCAUCUACUAA